AUGUCUUCCAUAGCAGCGUCGGCGAGUGCGGCGCCUACGGCGCCCAUCAAGGCUCCGCCGCAAGCAGGUAUCCUCGAGGGUGUCAAUCCAGUGCAUUUCGACAAGAACCAUCCGAUUAUUCUGUUCAUUGUUCAGGCAGGCAUCAUCAUCAUCUUCUGCCGCGCACUCAACUGGCCCCUCUCCAAGAUUCGCCAACCUCGUGUGAUAUCCGAAAUCAUCGGCGGCAUCAUUCUAGGUCCAUCUGUCAUGGGCCGGAUCCCCGGCUUCCAAGCCGCCAUCUUCCCAGCCGAAUCCAUGACCAACUUGAACCUGGUUGCAAAUCUCGGUCUCACCCUAUUUCUGUUCAUCAUCGGAUUGGAAGUAGAUCUACGAUUCUUGUUGAGCAAUUGGAGACCAGCGCUCAAUGUUGGUUUGGCGAGUAUGGCUAUUCCGUUUGGACUGGGUUGCGCUAUCGCUGUGGGCUUGUACAAUGAGUUCAAGGAUGAGCCGGGUACGGUUCAGAUUGACUUUGCCAUCUUUAUGCUGUUCAUCGGAGUGGCCAUGGCUAUUACUGCCUUCCCUGUACUUUGUCGUAUCUUGACAGAGUUGAAACUGCUCAUGACUCCAGUUGGUAUCAUCGUUCUCUCGGCUGGCGUCGGCAAUGACGUUGUUGGAUGGAUUCUACUUGCCCUUUGCGUGGCCCUCGUCAACGCUGGCUCGGGUCUAUCAGCACUGUGGGUCCUUCUCACGUGCUUUGGAUACAUGCUCUUCCUUGUAUACGCCGUCCGACCAGCUUUCAUAUACAUCUUGCGUCGCCAGCGCGCACUCCAGGAUGGUCCCAGUCAAGGCAUUAUCAGUCUUACCCUGCUCAUUGCUCUGGGUUCCGCCUUCUUCACCGGCAUCAUCGGUGUCCAUCCCAUCUUUGGAGCGUUCAUGGCUGGGCUGAUCUGUCCGCACGAAGGUGGUUUUGCCAUCAAAGUUGCUGAGAAGAUUGAGGAUCUGAUCGGCGCACUCUUCCUACCGCUUUACUUCACUCUCUCGGGGUUGAACACGAACAUCGGCCUGUUGGAUUCUGGUAUCGUUUGGGGGUACGUCAUCGGCGUCUGCGCUGUAGCGUUCUUCUCCAAGUUCCUCAGUGCUACACUCGCAGCUCGCGGGAGCAAGAUGCUAUGGAGAGAAUGUUUCGCCGUGGGGUCAUUGAUGAGUUGUAAGGGAUUGGUGGAACUCAUCGUCUUGAACAUCGGACUCAAUGCCAAAAUCCUCAGCACCCGUACCUUCACCAUCUUCGUCGUCAUGGCCCUUGUCACUACCUUUGCGUCUUCUCCAUUGACCAUGUACUUCUACCCCCCGUGGUACCAAAAGAAGGUCGAGGCGUGGCGUCGCGGUGAGAUUGACUGGGACACUGGCAAGCCUCUCGACCACGAAGAUGGUGUAGAUGGUGUGAAUUACGAAAAGAUGGCAGCCGAAAAGAUCCAACGGAUGACCAUCUACCUCCGUCUGGACAGUAUGCCCAAUCUGCUAGCCUUCACCUCGCUCUUUGGAGGAAACACAGAUAAGCCAGCGCCCAAGACCCACCCUUCCAAAGAUAUCAGCACAAGCAAAGAGACGGGUGAAACGUCAUUGAUCGAAACCGCACCAUCACGACCAGUAGAAGCCUACGGUCUCCGCCUACUCAACCUCACCGACCGUGGCUCCUCCGUCAUGCAGGUCUCUGAACUAGAAUCCUACACAGCGUACGACCCCGUCGUAAACACUUUCCGCACAUUUGGUCGCCUUCACAACCUAGCCGUCAGCGGCGAAGUACUCGUUGUACCAGAAUCCUCCUUCGCUGAAACUCUCGCAACGCGUGCUUCAGACUCCAACUUCCUGGUUCUACCUUGGAGCGAAACAGGCGGCAUGUCUGAACAAGCCAUCAUCGAAGACAAGGGAACGAAGAACAAGCUCGCCGCCUCAAGUUACAACUCGUUUGUGCAUGAGACGCUCGAACAAGCUAGCAUACCCGUCGCCGUACUGAUCAACAAGAACUUUGGCGGCAGCAAGAACAAAGAACAAAAACAGCGAUUGAAGCUUACCAGAACAUACAGCAGCGUUAGUCUGUCUAGUGCUAGGGAUAAGGCGGUUACAGCACCCAUUGCGGAUCGAAGCCACCACGUCUUCUUCCCCUUCUUUGGCGGGAACGAUGAUAGAACUGCGCUGCGCUUAGUUCUCCAACUAGCAGAGAACCCGCAGGUUACUGCUACAGUUGUCUAUUUCGAUGUUCCAGAGUCUGUCAUCGGUCCUCUCUCAAGUACUACACCAGUCUCUUCAACGGUGCUAGGGAAAAACGGAGAGGCUGUAACGACAACAACGACGACUACAUCCCGCGAACAAGACGCAGCCUUCUUCGCUUCGCUACGCGCCUCACUUCCCGUCGACCUGGCGAACCGCGUUGUCUUCGAGACUGUGGCAUCCACUGCGCCGGUUCAAGACGUUGUUGCCCGCGCGAGUAUAGAGGUUGGUCAGUCGCCGAGAAACGCAGGUGAUCUGAUCGUGCUGGGGAGGAACGUUGCGAGGAAUAGUGUGUUGGAGAGGGAGAAUACUGCAGAUGAGAUAAGGAGUAGUUCGAGUGCGGCGGGUACACUAGGUGUGCUUGCUGAGAAGGUUUGGGAGGGGAAACUGGGGGCUAGUGUUUUGGUCGUCAAGGCGGGCUUGUGA